AGAGAGAGAGAGAACAGCGUGUUGGAGAAGAGGAGGGGAGGAGAAGGAGAGAGGAGAAGGGGAGUGCACACCACAGCUUGUAGGAGGAGAAAAGGAAGGUGAGAACUGUUGGAGUGGUUCUAAAGGGGUUGAACUUCUCAGAAGGGGCCUCCUGCCAAGUAAAACGUUGCACCCUGCCAUGCUUACUUCAGUCCGGACCCUUUGUGUUCAGGGUACAAUGUGCAGGCUGCUACUCUCCUCAGAGUCUGGCUGAUGUCUAUGAGUCCGUCCAUACAGCCGCUGCACACACCGAGCACUGUCGCUUUUACUGUAGUUUGUUGUCGGUCAGGAGGGAGGCACAAAGGGAGCUGAAAUGCAGAAUGUUCCGGAGGAGUGGAGGGAAGAACAGAGCGUUGGAGGAGGAGGAGAGAAUGAUGUUAAACCCUGGGAGGGGAGAGAGGCCUUAUUCCUAACAAACACUGGUAACUCCAAACAGGACAUGGACAAGCGGAAAGAGACCGGGGUUAAGGAGAGGGGGAAGGAGAACGGAGAGAUGAUGAAUGGAGGGGGGAAGGGGAUGGAGGGGACGGAUAAAGAAUCGCUGAUGAUGGAGCUGACCCGUCUGGUUCAGAAGACAGUGAAGGAGAGUAGCUGGUGGGAGAGGAGAGGCAUCGACAUCACUAUCCUGGCCCUCGCCUUUCUCCUGCUACCCCCAGCCUUUCUGCUGCUGGGCUCGUCCCAGGUCCUGGUGUUUGUCCUGGGCAUGGUGCUUAUGGGGGUGUCCCAUGCUGUCAUCACCAUCAAGGGAACCCACCUGGCCAGCCACGGAUCGCUGAGCGAGUCCCCUGCCUGGGCCGAGGUCUGGGCUGUGUUCUUCAUAGAGGUGUGUGGGUCGUUCACAGCGAGGGCAGGUGUAACAGGCCACAUUAAGAUGCAUCAUGCCCACACCAACGUGAUCGGCCUGGGUGACUCCAGCACAUGGAAGAUACCCUGUCUACCCCGGAGCGUCUACCUGUUCAUUGCACCCCUGGCUGUACCCAUCAUCACUCCUCUGGUGGCACUAGGUCAGCUGAAGGACCACUCGGUGAGCCAGGCCCUGAGGACAGUCCUGAUGGUGUUCCUGGGGUUUUACUCUCAGUACUGGCUACUGAUCCAUGUCUCUGGGUUCCAGGGUCCAUACAGCAGCCUCCUCUGCAUGCUGCUCUGCAGGGCCAUGUUCUCCAUACCCUACAUACACGUUAAUGUCUUCCAGCACAUCGGCCUGUCUAUGUUCUCCCCGACCCGACGGCCCAAGAGGAUUUACCAGAUGACCCACGGGGUUCUGAACCUGCCUCGGAACCCCCUGCUGGACUGGAUCUUCGGACACUCCCUCAUCAACUGUCACGUGGAACACCACCUGUUCCCCUUCCUCUCCGACCACAUGUGUCUCAAGGUAAAGCCCAUCGUGUCCCAUUAUCUAAAGGAGAAGGAGCUCCCAUACCAGGAAGACAGAUACCUCUCCCGUCUGCAGCUCUUCUUUCACAAGUACCAGGAGCUCAUGGUGUUCGCCCCGCCCAUCACCGAGCUGGUGGGGGUGCAAUGAUGGAGGGAGGAGGAGGAGGGAGGAACUGAUGGUGU